ACAGACAUCGUGGGCGAGUGUGAAGUUGAUUAUUCGGUGCUCGGGGCUGAAGGCAUCUUGCUGCUCCUCGAGAAGACCCGCAACAUUGCAACAUGUCGGGGUCGCUCUUCAACCACCAGCUUCAUGCAGGGCGUUCCGUACUCGUUCGAUGGGGGUCUCCAGACGCUACCCCUAUUGAACACGACCAGCAAGUGUGUUCAGUCCAUCGGGGAAGGAAUGAUCAAGAGCGCCUCUUGCCUCGAACACCACCGCUUCACGCCCUUCAGCUCGGAAAAGGGCGGCAUCUUGACCACUGUGUCUCAGAACCUUACGUUCACUUACCACAAGUCUUCGGUCGCUAAAAUGGGUGCCAUCCACGGUCGUACGGACUUGAAGUACGACCACCACAACCACAUUCACGUCGAGGGUCUGGAUGCCAAGACCAUGGACGACUCGCAGCAGUGGAGGGCUCGCUCGAAUCAGAUCCUCGACCAGAUCGCUGAAAACAAGAAGGUCGAAGGCGUGGCCACCAGCGCCCCUCGCCUGUUCAAGGAGCUCGUGCAGUCGCUCCGGCACCUCGACUUCGCUCAGCUGUGGGCCAUCUCCGAGGAGCGUGCGUGGGGACCCGAGCGAGGUGUGUUCGACGACGCUCUCCCCAUGGUGGGCACGGGCGCGAGCGUGGGCGUGAUGAGGGACCUGAUGGAGGGCGGGAAGGUCAACGACAUCAUGACCAACACUUGGCUCACUUCCCUGUCCUUCAUUCCCAGACCCGACCUGGACACGAUCGAGAUGGCGGCGCCCUUGCUCGAGACGGAGGCCGUGCCCGCCGACGCCUUCCUGGGCGUGGGCGCGCUGGUCCACUCAUACUGUCGAGAUCACCCAGCCUGCAGUAGCGAGCCGCCCGUGCAGCGAGUCAUGGGCGCCCUCCACGGCUUCUUGGAAGAAUCUUGCUACAGGGAGUCUUCUGAUGACAAGAUCCAGAUCCUGAUGGCGCUGAAGGGGCUGGAGAAUGCAGGUCUGGCCGUGGGCGAGACCAUUCCGCCGACCCUAAACCAGUGCAUCCAAAGCGAGGCUAACGAGAACGAAAUCAGACUAGCUGCUAUCUCCGCUUUUAGACGGUUCCCUUGUGGCGUCUCCCGCGAACCCGUCCGCCACGUGUUCCUCGAUCCCGCCAUGGACUCGGAGCUUCGAAUCGCCGCUUAUUUGGAGCUGAUGCGCUGUAUCGACUACGCCACGGUGCAGCUCGUCAAGCACGUGUUGCUCCACGAAGAGGUCAAUCAAGUUGGCUCGUUCGUCUGGACACACCUGCUGAACAUGAAGGAGAGUGGGCUGCCUUCGAGAGCCGAGGUUCAAGGCCUACUUUCCAACCAAGAAAUAGCUUCCAAGUUUAGCGCAGAUGUUCGCAAGUUCUCUCGUAACUUUGAGUGGUCUGGUUUUUACGAUGAUCUUAAUAUUGGAGCGGGAGUGGACGCCAACAUCAUCUUCUCUCAGCAUUCGUACAUCCCCCGCUCGGCUACCUUCAACUUCACGACAGAUCUCUUCGGCCAUUCUCUCAAUCUGCUCGAGUUCGGCGCCCGGGCAGAAGGCUGGGAUCGCUACACCGACUCCAUCUAUCGCAAUUUCCAAGAGUCAGACCAGCAAAACAUCAACAACCCGAAGAUUCGUAAUAUGAUAGCCACUUCGGGGAAAAGGGAGGAAUAUUUCGGCAAAGCAGCUGAGCUGUCACUUCACAUGAAGACCUUUGGCAACGAGAUCUACUACCGCCAUCUACACGGAAUGGAGAAAAUCAUGGAAGCUUUUUCUGCUCUCAGUCCCAUUGAGAGAAUUAUGAGACUCAACAAAGGAGAGGCCAUCAACAUGCAGAAAUCGUGGCUGGCCUCCGAGUCGGCCUUCAUCAUCCCGACCACAGCUGGAGUGCCACUUAACCUCACCCUCACCGCCAGCAUCGCCCUCGACGUGCACGCGAGCGGAAACCUGGACAUUUUUUCCUUCGCUCAGACGGGGCAGGCGAGUAUUAGCGGUCAGCUCAAACCUAGCGUGGGAGUUGAAGUCGUGGGCUCCAUGCUGGUGGACGGCCACGCUGCCCAAUCCGGUGCCCAGCUGGUGACGACCCUCCACUCCUCCACUGUGGUUGAUGGGCGGUUUGACAUCGGGGGGUCAGAGUUCGUGCGGGUGGACAUCAAGAUGCCCCGAGAGAAGGUCGAAAUCAUGAACUUCACCUCGAACCUGGUGCUCGUCCACGGCAGCGUCGAGGCGGGCGCAGAGGGCUCCAAGGAGAUCCUGGAGGGCGUGGCCAACGACAGGGAGGAGCUAGCCGACUGCUCCGGGUACGACCAGCAGAUCGGGGCCAAACUGUGCUGGAGUCUGCAGUACCCGAACGCUUCCCGAGUCCCAGAAAGUCCCUUCUACCCGCUGACAGGACCUUCGAAGCUACAGGUGGUUCUGCAUAAGAUCGACCCGACGCUGACCUCAUACCAGAUGCGUUACACCUGGGAGAGAAGACCGCAUUAUCGCACGUUUUUGGUAUCCUUGAACACACCCGGGACAGCUACAUCAAGAGAACACAGCAUCAGAUAUAAUAUCAACUUCAGAUCGCAAAAUGUCUUCCUGGACCUAAAUUCUCCACGCGCAAAUCUUUCAGCGAGAGGUCGUUACGUGUGGACCGACACGGACCAGCGGAUGGACUUGAGUGUUUCGGUGGAUAACCGCGAGACGGCGACCGUGGCUGCAGGCUUCACGCGUUACAGGAAGUCCGGGAGCAAUGUCGUCACGCCCAUCUUCACUGUUACUUGGAAGGAACAGGAACUCGUCAAAGUGUCUGGAACGAUCGACCUUCGCGAAAAACUAGGUGCCCGCUUGUACGAGGUCGACAUGCAGGUGGCCUACCUCCUGCAGAACCGCCGCGGGAACUGGGAACCUGGAACGGGAACCAUAAAGGGCUCUCUCAGCGAUAACGGCUUCGAGAGAAACGCCAAUCUGCAAGUGGAUUAUGUUCCUUCUGUUCGAGCGCCCGUGGAAAUCAUCACGAUCGAGUACCGCGUCGCCAACUCCUCCACCGUGUUAGACAGCAAGUUCGAGCGCCGUUGGAGGUUCUUCUUCUCGCAGUUCCCCAACAUUAAUUUCAAGGGCGAGUGGUUCUUUAAGAGACAUUUCGGCUCCAUGGAAAACACUUUACAAGUCAAUUUAGGGGAGAACUUCGAGAAUCCACAGUACCGAGUGGAUAUAUUCCAGCUGUUCACAUUUUAUCACUUGGAUAGCAGGACCACUUUCAACUCGACAUUUAACGUAAAGCAUCAGAAGAGCAACUUGGACUUCAAGAUGGGCGCAGACUGGUUCCAUGACGAAUAUGUUUUGAGCACUGGCUUUGUCGUUCAGUAUGCAACAAACAAAGAGGUCGUGUCCCAGCUCCACCUCCGGAAGGAACCGACGGGCUUCCUCAACGCAGAAGGGUACUGGUUCCUGCGGGUGCCUGACUGGACGAGCGUCGAGGUCAAGGGCGAUGUGAAGGAACUCAGGAACAAGAUCUAUCAGUUCGACGGAGAGGUGCGCUACGGGCCGAACUGGGUGCUGGAGGUGGGGGGCAGGUACGGCGAUCUCUCGACGCGUCUAGAGUCUCUCCACGACCUGCUCCUCGACGUCACGCUGCCGGGACGAGGCCUCACGCAGAUCAACGCGACUUUCCACGCUAACGAACGCAAGAUGAGUGUGGUCACGCACGUCCUGCUCAACAGGACACACAAGUACGGCGUGAAGGCGUCCUAUAUCCACGGCGAGGACGACCUGAGGGUGAGGGAGCACAGUGUCAACCUCGAGCUGUACCUUCCUGGGCGUCAGUACAAACUCCAUUCCGAAAUAUCCAUAGGGACUGUCAUCACCGUUGUCAAUGAUAUUCAUCUUGAUAGGCACCGCGACAUCCACAUGCGGGUGACGGCAGAUAUUCUUCAGCCGAGGCAACGGGGGCUCAAAGCGCUUCUCAAAUGGGAUGCUAACAGGGAUCCCAACCAAAAACUGGACAUCGAGGUCAGGUACGAGACACCCAGUGAUAGACAAGUGACGAUAUUAUUGGACAGCGUGCUAAGCUUCCUGGGCCAGCAGUACCGUGCUAACUGGAGGACCAAUAAGCUAUUACAGUACAUCGACCGCGACAUGAUAUGGGAGCACAAAAACGAGGGAUCUCUCAGCUGGAUGGAACCAAACCGCCGGGUGCAGGAGAUUGCCACGAACUUCACCAUCAGGUUCCGACGUGGAGACACUGCGGAGUUGUACGGCAAAGUGGACAUCACGACGCCUUUUAUACACUGGAAGCAGAAUUAUCUUGAGGUCAAAUACGCCCGCGAUAUGGACCACAUUGAGAGCAGCCUCCGGUCCCGCUGGCACGACGGGGAGUUCCUCGACCUCCAGCUGCUAGCGAAGAAGACGAUCGACGCCUCCACCUUCAGGAUCGAGACCAAGCUGGACGUGAGCUCGUCUUUCGAGGGUUUGGUCAGCGCCAGCACCGGCAUCAGGCUCGAGAAGACGCCAGGGAUCAUUGAUACAAAUAUUUACAUACAGUGGGACACAGACAGACUGGAACUAGCACUCGAGGGCAAAGAUGACAGCUACUACGACCAACUACGGUAUUCUGUCUUCGGCCAAGUCUUGACCACCAUCGAAGGAUACAGGGACAUGUCAACGGCCCUGGACUUGGCCAUCCUACCGUCUGCCAUUGACACCCACGCUAAGGCCAAGUGGGAGGGACAUGAGUAUAAGCUACGUUUGACAGGAGAGGCCUACAGCGGUCUGGACUACUUACGAGGCAACCUGACCGUGACCUCUCUACAGCAUGAGGAUUUUGUGAAGGCCAAUAUUAGGGUGUAUCACGACCCACUUGAUGUCGAGGAAAAACUUUCGCUGGUCGUGAUGUGGCCCGGACAGGAAGCUCGGGUGGAGGGUCAGGUGGCCACGCUCCCCCAGCACUUCAAAGCCGGUAUUCAGGUGGACACGACUUUCGAGGAGAUAAGGCGAGCUGUGAUCGUGCUGGGCCAUUCGAAGGAGGAGCAUAUUAAGACGGAGGCGCGGGUCAAGUGGAACGACAAGGUUGACGCCGGCUUCGUCGUCCUCGGCCAAGUGACCUCGCUUUCGGACUUCCUCGUCAGCUGCACCAUCCUCACGCCCUUCCCGGGAUACGAGGUUAUUACAGGCGAGGUCAGGAACUUGUUUACACUUGAUCCUGAGGUACGGGUCAAUCCGAGGAUCUAUGGCCAGAUCGGGGAGAGGAAGUAUGGCCUCGGCGCCAGCUACGAGCAAGGGCAGCUUCCCCGCCUGCGCAUCGCCUUCGAACUCUACACGCCCUUGCCAGAGCUGCACACAGUCGUCCUCGACCUCUGCGACAACACCACGUCCUCGGAGGUCAAGUACGACCUCACCAUGAAGUACGGUCCCACCAAGCAAGUCAGGCUCAGUCUGGAAACGGAGAUGAAGGGCAACGGGCUGCAGGGGCAGGCGAAGGCGGUGUUGCCCCUUCAGUCACUGGACGAACGGCUAAGCGACGCGACCCUGGAGGCGGUUGGCUCCAUCUUCUGGGAACCGGCGGCCGAGGUCAACCUCACUUUCUCCUCCCAGACUGAUGUCACGACCAAGCUCUCUGUGAUGGGGAGCUUCCCUCGCGUCGACGCCGGAGAGCUGCAGGUGGCGAUGGACACGCCCGUAGAAGGGUACGAAAACCUGGACUUCAUGUGCGAGUACAGCCUGCCGACCGUGGACGAGGAGGGCCACUUCAACGGCCGGCUCAGCACCACGAAGGGCGGCGUGUUCCAGUUCCAGGCCAGAGGGACCACCAGGAACCUCAGUGGGUCCUUCUCCUCGCCCUUCGAACCCUUCCGGACCGGCAGCUUUAUGUGGAAGCUGACUGCCCUCGACGUCGUGAAGUCCCAUCUGGCGGCCAACUUCGGCUGGGGCGAGAAGGACAUCAAACUCGACGCCACCAUCAAGUUCCAGGAUCAGUUCAUCCAGAUGUUCGACGGCACGCUGGAGACGCCGUGGGAGGACCUGGAACGCUCAGCCCUUCGCCUGGAGGGGAAGGCCCAGCAAGGCGGCUACAGGAACCAGCUGGUGUUGGAGGGCGCCGGGAGGGUCUACCAGGGCACGCUCUUCUGGAAGUACCAAAGCGACGACGAGUGGGACGUCAAUGUCGAGGUGUCGCGCCAGUCGGGGUCCCAGGAGUCGCGCUACACCCUCCAGACGGGGCUCACCAACACGCGCCGCCAGCCCUUCAAGCUCACCUUCCACGUGACGACCCCGCACCAGGGCUUCCAGGAGGUCAAGUUCAACGUCGAAUUGAGGCGAAGAAUUCCGUACAAACUGAUUCUGGGCUGGGGCACGACCGUGGGUUCCGGAAACCUCGAGAUGACCUUUAGGAAGCUCUCCUUCAGCGAGAUCGAAGGGACGCUUUCCCUGACGAUGCCACAGGAUCAGGGACCCGACAGGUUCUACACCCUUGAGCUUCAGUUGACCAACGGCUUCACUCAGGACACCAUCGACGUGACGUGCGCGGUUGACUUCAAGAGUAACCAGGAGUAUUGGGACCACCUGGUCGUGAAGGGCAUAGUGCGGCAGGUGACCUACGACCCGGGAGAGCUCAGUCUAUACCUGCUGUGGCCGGGAGCUGACCCCAUCUCGUUCACGGCCAUCGGGGAGCACUACGACGACUUCCAGGUCAUCAAGCCCACCAUCACCCUCGAUCUCACCAGGUCACGCUACAGCUUCGCGGGAGAGAUGCGGAAAAAGGGCAGCGAGCUGAACCUGACCGGGACCCUGGACUGGAAGCGCGGCUCGUCCGACCCCCAGAAGGUCGUGCUCCACUCGGGCUUCGUGUUCUCCGACAACGCCAUGGACGGGAAGGUCACCCUGGACCUUCCCAUGGUCAAGGGAUGGAACAAGAACCAAGCGGAUAUUCAUUACGAAACUCGCGAAGGACGACACUGGUUCACCGUGAACAUGGAAACCGGCCCAGAAGUGACCAGUAUCAAGGGUAACAUGCUGGCCAAUGGAUUCCCGGCUGGAGAUGGAGAGAUCACCGUCUCGUCAACUCUGAAGUGGGACAAGCAGCCACUGACACUCAACUUUAAGCAAGAACUGACGAUGGAUGGCUACGAGGGCGACUACCAUUUAGAGUGGCCCUCCAAGCACAACUCGACGUCACCCUGGGAACGUAAUCCCGUCCACGCCUCCCUCAAGCAUAACUUCUUAGAGUCUGGACACCAAGGGGCGCUCCAAGUCACAGGUUCCUUUACGAUGGGCAAGCCUGUGCAGAUUAGCUAUGAGUUCAAGUUCCCUUCGAGCGGCGACGUGCGGGUGGUGAUGGGCGUGUCCUACGGUGUCCUCGCCAUGAGCGUGAAGGCCGAUCGCGUGACCGUGGUGCUGAGCGACGGCAUCCUGAAGCAGAGGACGUCGUUUGAGUUCGACAACUUCCUGUGGCCCUUCGGUAUCUCGUCGACCAAGGAGACCAAGCAGAAGUCCGACACCGAGCGGGAGAGAGUGACAACACUGGAACUGUAUGAUUUGCAGAACGAUGAUAGUCGAAUCAGCGUCUCCUUUGCCCAUAAUUCUGCUCAGUCGGGAAGACAUUUCUCUGUCAAAGGUAAUGCUCUCGGCCGGGAGAUCGUCUUGGCCGCAGGAUAUGUGCUGACGUCAAGGAACUUCAGCAUGGACUUCCUUCUUUCGUGGUCUGAGCAGGAGAGGAUCGAGUUCAACAUCGUCUGGGAGGACAUGUCGAGGGGAUUCACCAAGGAGCACAAGCUGAAGGGCAAGUUCUCGCAGCCCUACCGCACUGUCCUCCUCGACGGGUCUUACAAGAGGUCGAGGAAGAACAUCGACGCUUUCGUGAAAUUCAACUGGGACGGUGACAGCCCAAGCGGCGAGGAGGAGAUCUUGGGUCGGCUGCAGUGGGCGGACGAAAGCGUCAGCCCCAGCAAGCUCCACAAGGCCUUCGUCAGUUUCUCUCACCCUCUCCUGGAGGAGGACAUCAAACUGAGCGCUGAGCUACGCCAGAACCUCCGGGAACUCUUGGCCUUUAUUAUGAAGCUCCAAUAUUCUCCUGAAGAGCACCAUGACGUCAUCGGGGAGCUGUUCGUUACGAGGGACACAACACACGAAGGCGCAGCGCUCUUCAGUACCAAGGCGUCCCUCGGGCACCAGGCCUCGCAGUUAGAGCUUCGAACCAACGGCUCCCUGACCCUGGGCGGAGGCAAGUACGCCCUCCUCCAGAACUUCCUCUACACUAACAUCACCGGCCACGACCAGACAGCCAAGCUCCUGGCCGCCCUCGAUCGCAUGCAGAAGACUGUGCAUGCUUCGCUCGAGACGUGGAAGAAACUGGUAGACAUCCACGUGGAGGUUGAGGAGGACCCGAACGGCCGGUGGACCGUGGUCGCGACCGGAGUGCCAAACCAGAAGGUGCCACUCAUGACCCACCUGGAGAUGUCGUCGGCCCAUCCCGUCGUCACCAUAACCUUCGAUAACCUGCUCUCCAACGACACGGUCUAUGACACGUCCUUCCCCAGGUACAUCGCGGAGCAGGUCGUCCUCGAAGGCGGCGUGGAGGACCUCCGCCACGCCAGGUUCUCCAUGAGGCACAGGAACCCGAGGUGGCUGACCGAGGGCGAGGUCCCGAGGCCGACCUGGGAGACGGACGCGGACUUCUCCUUCAAGCUGAACCACUCGCGUCUCCUCUCCUCGCACUUGGUGUGGAGGACGGAACUCGCGGAGGAAGUUAUGAGCGAAGUGGGUGAGCUCAUCGGCGCCUCCUACGACCUACGACUCAGCGUGGAGGACUGGCUGAAGGUGUCGGCGCAGAAGGCUGGGGAAGAGGCCCUGAAGCGAGCUGAGCCUAUCCUGCAGGACGUGGCCGCUGUCGUCAAACCCCUUAUUGUUGAUUUCAAAAACGAAUCGCGGGAGUUCCUGGACGACCUGUGGCUGCUCUACUCCAACAUCAACAGGACGACCAUGGAGCUAAGAUACCAGCAGUCGCUCACCUUCAUCUUCAACAAAGUCAUGGACACUUUGGAGAACGUCACAGCAUUCAGGAACCUUCGACAGAGGCUGGAGGGCGGGGCGCUCAGCGGUCAGGUCAAAACUCUAGUCGAGAAGAUACGAACAUCCUAUGAACAUUCUCUUUGAUGUCGG